AUGGCCGAUGUCUGGUAUUGCUGUGACUGCAGCUUUGGACCUCACAGUCAGUCCAUCCACGAUGCCUGUACUGGCUGUGGACGUAAGCGGUGCUCUAAGUGCGAGGCUGGAAACCACUCGAUCAACACAUCUCACUCGCACUUGCACUCCCACCCCCAAUACUAUCCAAAUUCCGACUCGGACUCAGACUCUGAGCCUGAUUGUGAUCACGACACGAUACCUUAUCCAUCUGCUGUCGUACCCAUUAUGCCUCAUACGUCCACCACGUCAAAUCUUCACGUCCACUCAUUAUCACGGCCAAGCAUGCCCAGUUCACCAAGUGGAGGAUUCCGUACCCACGGUGGAUCGUAUAUGUACAUCUGCUGCCAUUGCAAGGACGGACCGAAGGUCUACGACGUCCAACCGCACAUGGUCUAUCUCAUGUAUCCUUCUGCCAAUUCUGUCAAGGAGGUGGUUAUCAUGAUUCAGUGA